GUGUAGAAAAUUCGGCAAUAAAGAACAAACCUUAGAACUAACCUAAUCUAGAUUCGAAGAUUUUCUGCUCAAACACGAGUUUCUGAUAAAUUGUGAUUAACACUUUCGGAUCUGAAUCCACUCAAUAAAAAAAAAUGUUAAUAUGUAUUGUUUUAGCUGAUGAGCGAUUUUGCGCUUGUUGCGAUUUUCUUGGGAACAUAAUCGUAAACACAAAAUAAAUAUCGAUAUUGAAAGUGUGCAAAGUGCGAUUGCUUGUUCCAAUCACUACUAAGAAUUUUUGACAUGGAUUUGUUACCAUCUUGUAAGCAGUAAAGAUGCGAAUUAAAAGAUCGGUGAUGUAAGAUAACAAUCAUGUAAGGCAAAAUUUCGAAGUAUUUUGAGAUUCAAAAUGUCAAAUAUCGAACUGUCAUUGUGAGUGAGGCAGUGAGCGAAUAAUUCGAUCGCAAGCACAAAGGAUAAAAAAUUAACAAUUUAAGAAUAAGUGGCACAGAAUAAUGCGAAGAAGUAAGAUAAUUUUCGACUAAACACUUCGAUACUUGAAAUGUAAACAUCAGUUUUCUUCUAGCCAUGUUAACAUAAAACAGUUGCACAAUGUCGAAUUCUAAGAAGAGUCUAGACAGUGAUCAGAAAAGAUCCACUGUACUCAAAGAAGAGCCGCAAGCAACAGUGAAGAAAAAAGGAAAUACAUCAGCACGACCUAAAUGUAAACUAGACUCACAUGGUUGUUUAAAUCUUCAGGAUAUUCUAUUAAUGUUUGACAGCCCUAUAAGUCAAGAACGAGCAUGGGCAUUGUGCUAUCAGAUAGCUAAGAGUUUAUCACAGUCGAUGGAAAACAAAUUCUAUGAGAUAUCAGAACUGUCACAAAUUAUACUUCACAAAGAUGGAGAUAUCUGGCUUGAAAACACGGCAGGCUUCAACCAAUCUCUUGUUUCCGAAGAAAAAGCAAUAUUUUCAUUAGGCAUGGCAAUUUUCAAGGCCUUAGAUUUUGGCUCUAAUGCAGGAGAGGAAAUAGCAUUAUCACCAGAUUUAGAAGCUCUUAUUACAUUGAUGACGAAUUGUAACCAAGUAUUUGAAGGCGAAAUGGAUGAACGUCUACAGGAAACUGAUGACGAAGGCAUUGAACGAGAUUCGGGUGACACUGAUAUGGAAGAUUAUAUGAUGCCUAAAAUUAUCAAAUCAUACACAGACAAUUCUAUAUGCACCUUGAAAAUCAUUCUUCAAAUAUGCGCACGGCACGUGCAAACUUCGCACGAAAAUGUGGAUAAUUAUUAUCGGAAUGUGAUACAAGUAUUCGUAAAGGAAGCUCUUAAUCUUUCUCAGUUUCUGGAAAAAGUGGUUGUGGAUAAGCAAUCACAAAAUUUAUUCAAUUCAAAUGACAUUGAUCGUAACUCAACUUCGCUGCAAAAUAUCGACACACUGGAUUUUAAUGAUUGGACGGACGUUAGAAUUUGGAGGGCUAUACAAGCUAGAUUUUGGGUUCAAGUCAUCAGUGAAUUGAGGCGAGGAGUGAAAUUGAAAAAGGUGGAAGCUAGUUUGGGUUCACGUUCAUUCUCGCGUGAACAAGGAAAUCGCCCAGACUACAAGAUGACUCCGUAUGAGAUUCUAAUGGAUGACAUUAGGGAAAGACGAUAUCAUCUCAGAAAAACGCCACCUACACCAUCGAGGAAAGACGCGCACGCUAUUAUCCUUGAGUUUAUUCGAAGUCGACCACCUCUGAAAAAGGCCUCGGAAAGACGAUUACGACCAUUACAGAAGGAAUGCACUCUGAGAGAAUUGCUCAUGGAGAGCAUAAAAAAGCCUCCAAAACCCUUGAGGUCUUCUGGUUUGAGACAAAAUGUUCCCAAGAUCGAAGAAACAUUAACUUGUGACGCAAGCGGCGAAUCUCACAUGAUAGUUCUUGGAGAAGUGCCGCCGUCGCGGCCGGAACAGGAGCAAGAGUCGGCGCAGGAUGUUGCAGCUCAAUGGUUGCAGUCGGAGGAUCAGAAGACGACAAUGGCAACAUCGGCAACUGGGGACGGCAAUAAUGUCUUGGCGACAGCAAGUCGCAAGCGACAAGAUAUUCCGCCGGUGCCGCAUCCACGACAAAGAAUCACCAAAGAACGACCCGACAUCAGGGUCUUACCUUCCAAUAGGAAUCGUAAGUCGUUUAGAAGGCGCAUUAUGGUUACAGAUAUAAUGCAGAACGGUGAAAAUAUCAAAGAACAUGAUUCAUCAAUGGUACCAAAACCACCUGGGAGAAAUCUGGAUGCUGUCAGACGACCCAAAAAAGUGAUACCUGUUGAUUUCGAUUUAAAGUUAGAUGCAGAAGAUGACGACGACGACGAUUAUGAUUACAACGACGAAGACUUCGCGGAAGCAAGAUUUGAAGAAGAAGGCGAAGCCUCCAAUUGUUGGCAGCUGAAGAAUUACACCUUCGAGGCUCGAAAGAAUGUGCGAAACGAUGACGAGCAGGGAUAUGACGAUGAGACGGGAUCUGCGAAUCCUUGGCGGAAAACGGGCGGACUUCGUUUAACCAGGAACGAGUACCAUCGAUUUUGUGAUGCUCAGUUAGAAUCUUACGAUUUGGCAACGCAAUGUCCUUCUCGAAGAGCAUCUAUGAAGAGGCAUGCUGCAAAGUGUACUAUACCAUUAAUGUCACUCACGGGAACGACAUCUUUACCACAGUCAAGGCCACAAAGUCGGCAGCAUGCCGGCCUAACGGAAUCUAUGUUGAGUCAAGAUCCGAGUCCUAAUAUUAGUCUGAAUCCCAGUCCAAGUCUUAGUCCUCAGCCACGAGCUCCGAGGCAACCGCGGCGAGCGCACACGAUCGCACAUGAGGAUAAAGCUCAAAGUGAAGAAUGGGAAGAUAACACUGAUAAGAAACUGACGCUAGGGGAUAUGUUAUUGGAUGAGAGGUUGUCGUUAACAUUGGACGAAAUCGUGCACAUUCGUAGCGUACUUACGAAGGCCGAAUUGGAGUCACUUCCUGUGGAAGGUCGCGUGAAAGAGGACGUGGAGAAAAGACGUGUCUGUUUCCUUUGUUUAAAAACACGUUUCGGUUUAUUGGGUCCUUGGGGGCAACGUUGUCGUUUGUGCAAGAGGACUGUCUGCGUGAAGUGCUACUCGAAGAUGCGGAUACCGACGGAACAAUUUGCUCGAGUACCAGUUGUAUUACUUUCUCCUGGGUUAUUAUUGUCGCCCACAGAAACGGAAAAUAGUGGCGGCAAAAACUCUUGGCUGAGGAAUACAGGAGCGGUCGGCUCGGCACCAGCUUCUCCCGCUUCUAGACGAAAAGAUUCUGCAUUGCGUAGUGGCACAUCUACUUCAACACCGACGGUGACACCCGUUUCCGCCCUAACGCCGGUGUCGACGCCACCUUCUCAUGCGCGUCGGGAGAUAGAAAAACAAGAAACGGAUAGAAGUCGGCAACACACAAGAACGAUACGAUUGUCCUAUAAGGCUAGUGGCAGUCCUGCUGCCCUUUCGACCACAAAAACGUUCUCCAGUUCAAGUGGGCCAACCGCCGAGCAGCGCAUGGCAGCGGAACGACUGCACGGCGUCGCUGUCGUUGUCUGCCAUGAUUGUCGUAUUAUGGUUAUCCAGAUAAUCAAGAGCUCAAGAACCACACGCGCAACAAUACGCAACAAUGUUAUUUCCCGCCUCACUCUUAAUCUCUCCCCCGCUUAUAUUUAAUUCUCAUUGUCUUUUUAGAAAACUUUCAUUAUCAGUUGCUACAUUGUUUUGUAUUAUUAUUUUCUGCGUGCCAUUGCGCAGAAGGAAAAGAAUGCUGUGGACAUAUUUAAAAUGUAGUAUAACAAAAAUUAUUCCACUUGUUUGUGAGAGCUAUACUUUUGUAUUUGUUCCAAGUUGAAAAUAUUUUCUUUUCUCUUUUUGUUAAUGAAUACUUUUAGAUCAAAGAAAAUUAAUUAAUAGCAUACAGUUGUUUCUAUAAAAUGUUAAUAUUAUUUAUAAAUAUUUCUAUGUAAUGUGUGAGUUUAAGGUGCGUAUAGUGAUGGCUAUUUCAAUCAUUCACAGUUUAGUAGUUGUUCAUACUCUAUUUCUUAAAAUUAAAAAAAAUUUAUUUUACAUAAAACGCACUCUGUACUAAAAUAAGAGUUUAGUUUUCACUGUUCUAAAUUUGUGAAAUUUAGAUUGUAUACAUUUUUUUUAUAUUUUCUACAAUGUAGAAAAUUCUAAAAUUUAUAUUAUUUUUCUAGAAAUUUAAUAUACUACUUUAGAAUAAUGUUGUAGUUUUUGCACAGUAAAAGUAUUUUUUUAUUUUUAUUUUUUUAAUAGAUAUUUCUAUUCAAGUAUACAAAAAUAUGUAUAAGACUGCAGAAGUUACAAAUCUAAUGAUUUAAGAAUUUUGAAAUCUGUAAAUCUUAAUGACUAUUUUGGCGACAAUUAUAGAUGUUCAAAUUAGAGAGCAUUAUAUUGCUUAUUUUUCAUCAAAUAAGUUUCUCAAUGCACAAAAUGUGAUUAAUUUCUCGAUUAAAUUUUAUUUUACUGCA